AUGUACUUCAAGUCGCUGGCCGCUUUCUUGCCCGCCGUUGCGGUUGCACUCCCAACGACAACCCCAAUAGUCCACCGUGUCGCUAAAGCAAUCGUUGCACGCGCACCACCGGAGGCAAAUGUGGUUCUGAAAUCCGUCACCGCGAGUGGAACAGGUUGUUCGGGGAAUUCAGCGUCUUUCGUUCUCGGUAUUGGCGACGGAGCUACAGUGGGAUUCGACAAUAUGAUCGUGGAUAGCACCCAAAUCGACAAGACAAAACGUUGCGUGAUUACGCUCGAUCUACAGCUGGACUCGAAGUGGAAGUACACCAUAAACAAAGCAACGAAUGUUCGGGGCUACGUGGAGAACGAUGGUGGAACUUACAAGGUGGCGUAUACUGUGGGCGGUAAGACGUCCGAUGUGAGCAAUAGCAUUCCGUCGAACCCAUCCGGAGGCAACUGGGUCGACACAUCUACAUCUCCAGGCAUAACGUCAGCCUACGGAGGUGGGGUAGCCAACAUCGACAUUUUGUUGAGGCUUUUACCUGCUGGAACACAAGUUGCAACCGCCACGAUCGAUUCAUUGGACAUACAGUUCGAGUACUCGAAGUAG